GCCGCUCUUCGCCAGAAGCGCCAAUAAGGCUCCUCUUGUAUUGAACCCAAUUCGGCUCCGUGACGGGUGGACGGACCCCAGCAGGUACUUAAAGCCGACGACGAGCCACCACCUGCCUUCCUCCGCUCGCUAUUACCCCCGAAUCACUCGCCCGAUGCAACUUCCCUUGGUUACAUACCUUUCAGCCCUCUGGCUUCUACCUAUCGCUGUGUCUGCCACGCCGAGGAUGGGCACCACCCAGAUUGUGCUUGACGAUGUCGUGGCGCUACCUGGGGACGACUCCUCUACUAUGAAGACGAUGCCAGAGACGACUGGUCUGCGCACGACCGCCGCCUGGGGAUGGGAGGACUGCGGUACGCGUUCGCAUCUCUCGCGUCUCAAAUGCUCAUCGCCGCCUCCUUCCGUGCCUAUCUUUUCACCGAAUCACGCAUGCUGUCUAUGAACGCAGGGUCGCCUUCGGAUGGCAUCAUCGUCAAAUCCCUGACCGUCUCGCCUGAUCCCCCAGUCCCCGGUCAAGAUCUCGUCGUGAAGGCUACAGGUGUUGCGAACUACGAUAUCGAGGACGGCGCGUGGGCGGAUGUGGUCGUAAAACUCGGUCUAGUCAAGCUGCUGCAUCGAAGGUUCGACGUAUGCGAGGAAGCUCGCAACGCAAACGCGUCCAUCCAGUGUCCCAUCAAAGAAGGGACCCAUGAGGUGACACAGGUCGUUGCACUGCCGAAGGAGAUUCCACGCGCUAAAUUCACUGUCGACGUCAACGGGUAUACUGCAGACGAUGAUGAUCUGCUCUGUGUCAAGCUGAAGGUCGAUUUCCUGCCCAACAGACGUUGGUUUGGACUGCUUUGAAUCGUUGCACACGUAGUUUGUUAAAACCCGUCCGAUGUAUGCACUUCAAUGCAAUCAGAGUUCCUUGUCCAAGUCGAACGUA